GGUGUCGUUCGGGCUGCGAAUUAUUGCGUGAUUUCAAACGCAUCACUGGACUGCACGCCGAUCUAUGUAGAUUAUGGCUGCGCAGCAGCACAGGGUAGUUUUUAUUUUAUGUCGUGCCAACGAGAUUCGCGAUCCACACGAGCUGAAUGAAAUAUUUCAACUCCACGGACAUAGACGGUGUAUGUACUUAUAUUCAACCACUUUGGUUCAUGACGGGAUAUCAUUCACUUUCGGCGCACUGAUGGCAACAUAUGCAUCAAAUGUGAAGGCAUCUGGUACUGAUGUCCAAUAAUCGGUCAUGGUGCAUUUUAUCCGCUGCCAUAAUCGUCGACGCUCACAUUGCGGUACAGUAUUAUGCGUCGUCUGUGUUCUGAGAAUAUAAUGUAUGUAUAGUUUAUACUCGUAUUGUUAGAUCUAAAUAAGUUUGUAAUGUUAAAACCAUGAAAUUUAUGCAAGAAAUCAAUCCUCAUUAAAAACGAUAGCGAUGAAUUCCCUGUUGGCGAUGUGGACAUUCGUGGCGUGUUAUGCGUUACAUAGACAGCCGGCAAGUUAAAGGGGGCUUGUGAUCGCUAAGUAGCUGCAUUAUGGCUUUAACCGGCAAACUGAUUCGGACAAAUGCGUUGGCAUUACUUUGUUUCAUUGCAACGGAUAUUGUCGUCUUAGCUCUCAACUAUGAUGAAUGUGUGGCCCCGUUGGGAAUGGAGAGUGAAUUGAUUGCUGAUGAUCAAAUUAAAGCCAGCUCAUCCUAUGACGAUGCCAGUGUUGGUCCACAAAACGCCAGAGUGGGACAUGAAGACGGAGGCGGUGCCUGGUGUCCACGACAACAAGUGAAAAAGGAUGUUUAUGAGUUUUUGGAAGUGGACCUUUUACAGCUGCACGUGGUCAGCAGUGUAGAAACGCAGGGGCGCUUUGGCAACGGACAAGGUCAGGAAUUUGCCGAACAAUUUAUGCUGGAAUACCAGCGCGAACCGGACAGCGAAUGGAUAACCUUUCGCAACCGGAAAGGCGAGAAGCUCUUCCGCGGGAAUACCAACACCUACGUGCGUAAUAAUCAGAAACUCGAUCCGCCCAUCAUCGCUCGCAAGAUCCGCUUCAUCCCGCAGAGUGUCUAUGCCCGGACAGUGUGCAUGCGGGUGGAAUUGUUUGGAUGUCCGUGGCGGGAAGGAAUCCUGUGGUAUUCUAUGCCGCAAGGCGAAUCCAAGGCGCCGGAUGUGCAGCUAUACGACUGGUCGUAUGAUGGCGUGAUCGAGAGUAACCAUUUGUAUCUGGGCAUGGGUCAGCUGACGGAUGGACGACUGGGCGCUGAUAAUUUCCGCGGGACGACAGUGGCUGGACAGAAAGCAUCCGACUGGGUGGGCUGGAAGAACGACUCACAUCGCGGCAGCAAAAUUGAUCUGACAUUUAAAUUUGAUGUGCCCCGCAAAUUCUCCGCCAUGUAUCUUUACUGUAACAAUUUGUUCAGUAAGGAUGUACAAGUGUUCGCCACGGCUUCUAUAUACUUUAGUAUUGGCGGGAAAUAUUACACAGGAGCGCCAGUUCACUAUGCUUACACCGCUGACACCGUCAUGGAAAAGUCUCGAAAUGUCAGCAUUAAAUUAAACCAGCAUGUUGGUCGCUAUGUAAAGGUUAUUUUGACGUUUGCCUCCCGUUGGAUGAUGAUCAGUGAAGUGUCGUUUGAUUCGGAACCCUUAGCCGGCAAUUUCACGCCCGAGGCAUCUCCGCCAGAAUUACUGACCAAGUCGACGACCUCCAGUGCCGCACUGGACGGUCAGUUCUUUCACAUCUUCCAUCCGUCGGGAUUUCUGCUCGGCGGUAGAGAUGCGCCGGAAGUUCACGGCCACAAAACGCAUUUGUAUGCCGUGCAGGGCAACACGUCCAGCCGCCUGCAGCCGACCACUACGGAUGAUUAUGUCGGCUUGAUUAUUGGCAUCGUAUCCGGGAUGGUCAUUCUGCUAUUGAUCGGAUUGGGUAUUGUCCUGCUUCGCUUCCGACACCGCAAACACCAUUAUCGCAACAAAUUCCAUUCCGCUGCUGAUUUCUUCUCGUUAGAAAAAAAUCUGCCUUUUGAUCUGAAAAACGUCCAAGUCGAAACCUUGAGGUCAAUAAAUGGGAAUAUGUACGGUUCAGUGGCAUCGGAAGAGCCGGAGAAAAAUACCAUUUAUCAUGAGCCGCACGAAGUCAUCCUUAAACGCAUUCUUCCCGAAAUGCCUUCGUCCGCUCUGAUUAAGGAAUAUCAUAACACUUUGUGCUCAAGAGAGUAUGCCAUACCAGAACUGAAAUCACCGUAUGUCAAACCAAAAAACUUCGCCGGCAACCACCUUCUCCCUUGCUACAACCAGUUCAGUCUGCAAGGCCCCAGCGGUACUAACUCUAUGGAUUCUCCGACAUGCUCCGUCCAGCCCACAAUGUCUACGGUUUCGGAAUUACCGCGUUCUUGCUUGAAAUUCAUUGAGCGUAUUGGCGAAGGACAGUUCGGCGAAGUGCACCUUUGUGUCGCGGAGGAUUUAUAUGAACUAACGGGGUACCGGUCCAUGUCUCCCAGCGCAAAGCUUGUUGCUGUGAAAAUGCUCCGCUCAGAUGUUUCGGGUGAUAUAAAGUCUGAUUUCCGUCGAGAAAUAGAAAUCCUCAGCACACUGCAUGACCCAAAUCUGAUUCAAGUUCUGGGAGUGUGCACCCAGGAAGACCCAUUGUGCAUGGUCGUCGAAUACAUGGAAUGUGGUGAUUUGAACCAGUUCCUCAAAGAGCAUAUGCCGGAGAGCCCUUCCGGAUUAUUGCAUCAGAAGGCCUUAAAUUACGGUACGCUCAUUUACAUGGCCUCGCAGAUCGCUUCCGGUAUGAAGUAUCUGGAAAAUCUAAAUUAUGUCCAUCGCGAUCUGGCUACAAGGAAUUGCUUAGUUGGACAAAAUUAUACCAUUAAAGUUUCUGACUUCGGAAUGAGUCGACGACUGUAUGCUUGUGAUUACUACCGAAUUGAAGGCAAAGCGAUAUUACCUAUUCGCUGGAUGGCAUGGGAAAGUAUUCUCAUGGGAAAAUUUACCACAAAAUCGGAUGUAUGGUCAUUUGCCGUGACACUGUGGGAGAUUUUGACCUUUGCCCGGGAGCAGCCUUUUGAAGAACUGAACGAUGAACAAGUGAUCGAAAACGCCGGUUCAUGCUACCAGGGCGACAAGAAAACCAUUUUACUUGCUCAACCUCACCUUUGUCCCAAAGAAAUUUAUGAUCUCAUGCGCGAAUGCUGGCAAAAGCAAGAAGAAAACCGACCAAACUUUAGGGAAAUUCACCUGUUUUUACAAAGAAAAAAUCUCGGUUAUACGCUGGAAAGAUGAUACUGUUUCAAAAGCGGUUUGAACUCAAUUACGUGUAAUGUCACUCGUUAUCAUUUUAGUCUUGGUUGUUUUUGAUUGUUUUUGACACAAAUUUUGGAUGUUUCGCAAAACAAAUGUGCUAACACUAAAAAUUGUUGAAGGCUGCUGUUUUUGGUCAGUUGUUCAAAUUUUUUAUGGUUAUGAUGCUCUGCAGAUGCUGCUGCAUUGAGUCUGCUCGAAAAUAAAAAUGGU